AUGAAAAUAUCAACAUCAGCUGGACGUUGUUAUCAAUGUAAUUCAAGAAAUUCAUUAUGUGGAAUAACUGCAAAUGCUUCAUUGAAAAUCGAUGGAACACCAUGCAAUGGACAAUGUUAUAUACGUUUGAAUCGUGAUGAUCAAUUUACUGUUUAUCGUGGUUGUUCAUGGGAACAAGGUUUUAUGGAGCCUCAAGAAAGAAAUAUUUUAAUACUUAAAGGAAAUUCUGUUUGGAUGUUUUGUGAUGAUGCACCUUAUUGUAAUGUCGAAGCAUCAUCUUUAUUAACUACUGUAUGUUAUCAACCGAUAUGUAAUUAUCUGAAUUUUCCAGCAGAUUGUAAAUUACCAAAUGCUGAUGUUACAUGUGGACGUUAUUGUAACAAUAAAUUAUGUAAUUCAACAGUAAUUCGUCAACAAACUCGUAAUCGUAAUCGAAAUCGAAAUCGUAAUCGCAAUCGGAAACCAUUAAUCUCACCUAAAUAA